CCAAAGGCUUGCUUUAAGAGAUCACUUUCUCAGCCCAAAGAUCUCUCUCUUUCGAAAGAGAGAUCGAGACAGACUGCGAGAGAGAGAGGUAUUAGAGUCCUGAAGAGAUGGCCCUGAGGUGGCUUCUCCACUCGGCCUGCAACGUUCUAGGUCACCCGGACCACGACGCUGGUGGCGUGAACCAUCAUGCAAGUGCCGUGUCUGGCAUGAGCCCGGCAUGCCGGGAUGCGGCCAAGAGCUUGAAGAAGACGUCGGGCGCGAAGGAGGCGACGCUGGGAUUCCAGAUGCCCCUUCACUAUCCGAGGUACAAGAAGGUCGAUUACGAGAGCAUGGAGGAGUGGAGAUUGGACAUGCUUCUCCGACAAUAUGGACUCAGCUUUAAUGGCAACCUCGAUGAGAAGAGGGCUUAUGCAAUGGGUGCAUUUUUGUGGCCUGGCCAGUAUUGAGGGUGUCUAUAUCUAUCUUUAAUAUAAGCUUCCUCCUCAUAAAAUAUCAUAAAUAACUCUACCGGUGACGACUAUCAGCCCCUAUAAUCCAUCUAGACCUACUUUUAGUUCUACUACUUUGGUUAAUAGUCUUUAAUGUGCAUGUGUAAGCACUUUGUAAUACCCGCUAUAAUAUAGAUAUGCUUAUGAAGUUUUAA